AUGGCGGGCGGCGCGGCGCGGGUGCUGCUGGCCGCCCUGCUCGGCGCCCUGCCGGCCGCGGCCGAGCGGGAGCUGCGCUUCAGGCCGCCGGCCGAGGCCCCCGUGCGGCUCUUCACCGAGCCCGAGCUGGCCAGAUACGGCGGGCAGCAGGAAGGACAGCCCAUUUACCUGGCGGUGAAGGGAGUAGUAUUUGAUGUCACUUCUGGAAAAGAAUUUUAUGGAAAAGGAGCCCCAUACAAUGCUUUGGUUGGAAAAGACUCAACAAGAGGAGUUGCAAAGAUGUCUCUGGAUCCAGCAGAUCUUACACAUGACAUAACAGGACUCACAGAAGAAGAACUAAAGUCCCUGGACGAUAUCUUCAAUAAUGUUUACAAGGCCAAAUAUCCAAUUGUUGGCUAUACUUCUCGACGAAUUCUGAAUGAGGAUGGCAGCCCCAAUCUAGACUUUAAACCUGAAGAUCAGCCACAUUUCAACAUUAAAGAUGAGUUUUGAGGAACAUUUUUGUACCUAGAAAAUGCCUGGGGAGAGGCACGAUAGAAUACUAGAUUGAUUCCCUAUUUUCUGGAGUUCAUUACAACAAUUAGCUAUCAUGAGUCAGUUUUCUGUUUAGAAAACAAGUAUGUAUGUAGACACAUAGUUUACAUAGCGUUCUUCCUUCCAGGAAACAAACAGAACUGUGUUAGUGUCAUACACUUUGGCUGUUUGCUCUGAAUUAUGAGAAUUAUUUCAUAGGAAAGUUCUUUCUGCCUGGAUUUUUCUGUUUAUGAGUGUGUAGUGUAAAAUUACAUUCCUUAGAAGAGAUAAGAAAGUUUUUAAUAGUUGAUACAUGAGUGGUCUUUUUGUAAAUCCCAAGUUGUUUCCCACUCCUUGGAAAAGUGCGAAUGCAUUAUCUGGAUGAGCUAACAUCAACUCUCUGUGCUUCAAGUGAGUGUAGGUAUCACAUGUACAAACAGGUGUAAUAUAGGCUUACAUUUUUAAAAGCAUUGUGGGGUUUAGUAUUUGAUAGAUUUGAGAAUACUUGGAUAUAAAACCACUCAAUCUCUUAAAAUGCAGUUACUGUAGAAUAUUUAUGCAAAGUCUACAGCUGUAAACCAAGAAAAAUAAAUCUUUUUUUUCCUAUGAGAACUACUGUGACAUUUUAAGUAAGACUAUUAUUAUGUUAGUUUUGAAUAAAUGACACUAAUUUUUUCAAGUAAUUAUCAAAGAUGUAAUCUAUAUUAGAUUAUUAUGAUUUCCUCCUAGCUUCCUCUACUCUUUCUCUGACAAAAAAGGGAAUGAUAGCCUGCUGUUUACCACAUACUUUUACAGCACAAGUUUAUUAUAGUAGUUUAGUGUCUUGUGGAUAUUGUUAGCAUCUUUAUAUUGACAAUUUCAGCUCUCGCUUUUAGUUUCUAUUAGUUUUUCUUUGUUCUUACUCUGGCUUCAUUAUUGCUGUUGCAAGGAAGUGUGCAUUCAUAUGUUCCUCUUCUUUUUAACCUAAUAUAAAACUGCAGAUCAUGUAGGGUGAAAGCAGACCCCCUUUAUUGGGUUUCUCUGGCAGUCUUUCAGCAACAAAAGGACCAUAAAAGCAUGUGCUAUAUAAAUUGCUGCUAACCGCUGACUUUCACUAACUUAAGUAGAAUGUAAAUUAUCAUGUAUGUGGAUUUAUCUGCCACUGUGACAGGUUGAAUUGACAUGGAAAAACUGAGCAGCUGCUCCCAAUUCUAAUUAAUAAUAUAGAUACCAUAAAAAUACAAUUUUCUAUUUUGUUCUAUUUCUUUAGCAUUUUGGCCAUUUUCUUUGAAGGAAAGAUUUUUAUUAGAUGAUUUUCCACUUUAUGGUUUGCAGGGGGACAGCUGCCUGUCAAUUGAAUAACUAAAAAAACUGUUUCUAUUUAUUUGUCCUUUCUUUAACAAUGUUACAGAUUUUACUCUAAACUUGUUUUGUGUCUUACCAUUAGACCACUUAAUUCACAGGAGGGAUGGGGCUUUGAGCAACCUGGUCUAGUGGAAGGUGUCCCUGCCCAUAGCAGGGGGGUUGGAAUUAGAUGAUCUUUAAGGUCCCUUCCAACCUAAACCAUUCUAUGACUCCAUAGGGCCUCUGCUGUUGAACGGUGCUCCAGGAUGGAAUAAAUAAUGUUGCAUCUAAGAAAAUACUAUUGCUUCAGAGAAUUAUUUUUGUAUUAUUAUUACUGCUGACCUUUUGAUUAGAUACCAACAGCAGCUGGGAGUUGGCCCCUUGAUGAUGCCUGCCCACAGGUAUGGGUGUAUACCUGCCAUCUUUAUGGGAAUGCAAGUGGGUUUGGUGGUAAUCAUAGUGGUUCUUUUGCCAGCAUUUCACAAAUAAUUUUCUAAUGCCUACUGUUUUUUCCCCUUCUCUUCCCUUUCUUGCACGCUUCCUUAUGGGGCAGCUUCAGUAACUGUGCUACUGUGAUUACUGUAGUAGUCUUGGCUUCAUCUGGGAUCAGCAUAUCCAGCUGCAUUUCAAAAAUGUUGUAGCUAGAUUGUAACUCAUCACCAUUGAGUGGCUUAGUGUUACUAUUCUGUCCCUGCUUUUCCUGUUCAUGCUAUGAAGGUCACCUUUGCUGACCUCAAAGCGGAUAACUCCGCUUCUAUUUGCACUAAAUUUCAGGUUCAUUUCAGUGAAGAAACCCUCCUGUUCGAACAGGAAAUGGUGAUAUAAACCUCACUCUUGUAGUGUGAGAUCCUUGCGAAUCCAGCCUGCCCUCACUCACGUCUGUGAACAGAGGCAGAUGCUCUAGUCCUUCCUUUCUGUUAUUAAAGACAAGAUUAUCACAACUGAGUGCAUGUUAGAAUGCAAAAUGUUUCCAUUUUGUUUUUAUUUCAGUUUGGGAACUGAAGGACUCGCAUUUAAUCACUUCCUAGGCUAUUUCACUUGAGGUUCCCACUCAACAGAACAGUGUUACGAUAAUUAAGUGGGCAUAUCUCCUUAACAUGUUUUCACUGACUACUUUUCAAAAAUUAAUUCAGAAUACCACAGUAUUUCUUUCAGUAUUAAUUUAAUGACACUAUUUUAUGUCUAAGAUUGUUACUUGCCAACAGCAUGAAAUUAAUUUUGCCUAAAAGCAAACUGUCUGCUAUGGGCAUUUUGUUCAGUACGUCGCAUUUCCCUGACCUCUGUAUUAUUCCAGUAAGACAGGUGUCCUCACUAUCUAUACAUUGCACUCAAAACAAGCAAACUGUAUGCUAUCCUUGUUUUUUCAGUCAGCUGUACUUCCCUGACCUCUGUAGUAUUCCAGUAAAACAGGUGCCCUCACUAUCUAUAAAUUGCCCUCAAAACAAGCAAGCUGUGUAAAGCCCUGUUGUUAAUAAUAGUUUACUCUUCAGAAUGUUAAGAAUUAUCAGAUGGGUUCAUUGCUUAGAGGAUGUAUAACCUGAAUUGCUGUUUCCCACCUGGCACUCUUUUCAAUAGUCCCUCACUUUGAUCCUAAUACAUCUGACUAACUUUUGUGACAGGAUAGAGUCUAUCAUCUGUACUUUAAGAAGAACUUCUCUGAUUAACAACUGGAGCAACAGGACUAAUAUAAACAACCAAAAUUCAAUAAAGGGGUUAUGAAAUGCAGAUGAAAGUAUUAUGUGUAUUUUUGCAGUUGUAGAGACUGGAAUGAAGUGAAAUCACACUAAGAACAUGUCAGGUGUGUUAGCAGCUGUUAGUCACAGUUAUUAGUUAUUGCAUCCUAAUCUAAACAAGACCACCUGCCAUAAUGCAGGUACUCAGAAUUCUGCAGAUUGAGCAGCUGAGAUUUUUUCCAAGAAUUUGGGAUUAGACAUAAACCAAAAUUAUUUCUUUCCUAACUGUAAUGUGUAUAUGGACACCAUUCUUUUUGUGGCUCUUUGCCAAAAAUGAGCAUUUCAUUGAUUUUAGGUGAAUCAGUUUCUGUAUUAGUUUUCUUACACAGAAAAGGCCUUGUGUUUCUUUGAAAACUGCAUCCUAGGCUAACACUCUUUGCGGUCUGAUGAUACCAGCUGUGAAUUCAUAAUAACAUAGGAAGCAGUGUAUGAUCAUGUUUCACUUGUCAGACCUACCAGACUUUCACAUUUCAGUAAAAAGUAAGAGAGAAUGCUUAUCUGUUUAAGUACAGUGCUUUGGCAUGGGAGAAGCCUCAACACAGUUUGUAAAUCACCUCCUUUUAACUUUUGUUUCAAAACCACCAUUGUGCUACUCAACAAAUGAUGGUUUGGAAAGGCAUUUAAUUGCUGCAGUUUUUCCCUUACAAGACUCCCAAGAACAUGUAGAACUCACUUGACAGUGCAGGAGAGAAAACAAGAAAUAAAAUGGGUUUAGCUGA